AUGCCGACGGGGACCAUGAGGAGGAUGUUCGUCGAGUCGUCCUCGUCCGAGUCGUCCGGGAGCGGCAGGGAGGCGGAGCCGGCGGUGGUGCUGUGCGCGCCUCGCCCGCGCAGGGUGCACGCCCAGCCCUGCAGCGCCGACCUCAUCCUCGGCCCCCCACCCUUCCUCCUCAACGCCUCCUCCGGCAGCAACAGCAGAAAGGUACCGGCCGUCCUCCAAACCUCAGCCAGUUCUUGGAAGAAAUUUUCCACGUUCUUUUGUUUUUUGGUCUUGAUUUUCUUUUGUAUGGAUCUUUGUCUUACAAGAAUCUGUUCUUUCUUACUGCAGCAGAGGGAAGGGAAGAGCAAAACGCGGGAGGUCGACGACGAGUCGGAGGAGGAGGGGGAGGGGGGCUGGGCGCUGUUCGGCGGCUCGCCGCCGGCGCGCGCGGACAACCCGCUCGUCCACGACCCCCACUUCCUGCUCAACCAGCGAAACCACGCCGCCGCCGACUUCAACCUCGCGGCGGUUUUUGACCACCACCUCCACCACCACAGCCGCGCCCACCACCACCACCACAGCCGCGCCCACCACCACCACAUCCCCACCACAUAUAGCAAUAGCAAUAGCCACAGUUUUGCCCCGUCGUACACGCACGCCGCGCCGGCGGUGAGGAUCCAGGGGUUCGACGUCGCCGCCUGCCGGGGCUCCCACGGCACCAACGGCGGAGGCCGCGUGCUCUCCGCCCGCGCCUGA